AACGUUUGAAGGACGCUAGUCUCAGUUUCCAAGAAAUUUAUCUCCACAAGAGAAGAGUGAUCGUUCAGAGUGAUCAACGAAAAUGGCAGCCUCCAAGGAAACCGUUCUGGGUGCAGCCAAGCAAUUCAUCUCCUACAUCAACAAAAGUCCAUCUCCAUUUCAUGCUGUAGAUGAGGUUUCUAAAAUGCUGCUGAGUUCUGGCUUCCAAGAACUGCAUGAGACUCAGGCAUGGGACAUUAAACCACAGCAAAAGUAUUUCCUUACCAGGAACAAGUCGACCAUCAUUGCGUUUGCUGUGGGUGGACAGUUUAAGCCAGGCAAUGGAUUCAGUGUAGUUGGAGCUCACACAGAUAGUCCAUGUCUGAAGGUAAAACCAGAUUCUAAGAAGAACAAGUCUGGAUACCAGAUGGUUGGUGUUGAGUGUUACGGAGGAGGUAUCUGGCACACUUGGUUUGACCGAGACUUGACCGUUGCUGGACGUGUGCUUGUCAGGAACAAGGACAAGGUUGAUCACCGACUUAUCCAUAUUGAGCGUCCAAUCUUACGUGUGCCCAACAUCUGUAUCCACCUGAUGAGGGACCAUAAUGAGAAGUUUGGCCCCAAUAAGGAAUCCCAUGUGUGUCCAGUCCUGGCUACAGCUGUACAGGCAGAGCUCCAAGGGGAUACUGGGAUACCUCAGUCGGAUGUUCCAGACUUCACUCCUCAGUGCCUUAAACACCAGCCAUUACUCGUAAAAUUGAUCUGUGAUGAACUCAGGAUCCAGCCAGAACAAAUGUUGGAUUUUGAGCUCUGCCUUGCCGACACACAACCAGCUGCUAUCGGUGGAAUCCUUGAAGAGUUCAUUUUUGCACCUAGACUGGAUAAUCUUCUGAAUGCAUACUGUGCCACUGAGGCUUUGAUUGAGUCAUGCAAGGGAAACAGCCUGAGUCAAGACCCAAACAUCCGCCUCAUCUGUCUGUUUGACAAUGAAGAGGUGGGCUCCCAGAGUGCCCAGGGUGCAGCAUCCACCCUGCAGGAGCUUGUCCUCCGCCGCCUGAGUGCCGGGGGGAGCAGCACAGCCUUUGAAGAGUCAAUGCCCAAGUCCUACAUGCUGAGCGUAGACCAAGCUCAUGCAGUCCAUCCCAACUACUCAGACAAACAUGAGAGUAACCACCAGCCAGGAUUACACAAGGGAUAUGUUGUGAAGUUCAACGCUAACCAGCGUUACGCGACCACAGCCAUCACUACUGCUAUCUUGAGAGAGGUGGCCAAGACUGCUGGUGUGCCACUACAGGACUUUGUGGUGAAAAAUGACUCGCCUUGUGGUUCUACCAUUGGUCCGAUCAUGUCUGCCAAGCUAGGGAUGCCAACCAUUGAUAUUGGGGCGCCUCAGCUUAGCAUGCACUCCAUCCGUGAGAUGUGCUGUACCUCCAGUAUCAACCAGGGUAUCAAGCUAUUCCAGGGAUUUUUUGAGAACUAUCCUCGGGUGUUUUCCUCAAUGAACAUGUAAUCCAGGCCUGGAAGAUAGGGAUCCAUCAGUCAGGCAGCAAAGUUCAACAAGAUCAAGGGAGAUAACACCACUCGUACUAAAGAGCAAAUUGUUCUGGUGACUUUGACCUGUGAUAUAAACAUUCAAGGAAUAUUUUUGAAUGCAUCAUAUAUAUUUUCUAUCGCUUAUAAAGGCAUGCAGACCUUCCUAUUCUAUCCAACCCUAGUGAUACCUACAUAGGGCUGAUGUAGUGGUUGGAAUUGGAGGGUUGCUUUUCUGUGCUAUUUCUUGUUGUGAUGUGUUUUGUAGGAGAGGAUGUUGAUGUGAAUGUAGGUAAUGUUCAUCUUCAUUUACUGUUUGUUUGGAAUCAGAUUAAGUGUACGUGAUUUUGUUAACAUUUAGUAUUAUCAUGUCAAAGUAGAAAUUAUUGAGGCAAAUCGGCAUAAUAUUGAGCAAUACACUGAAUAGUUAUUUUCAUUUGACAAUCUUCUGAAACAUCAGAUAUUUAUUAUUUUUAAUUUAUAUACAUUUAAUGUGAUCUUGUAUAUCUAGCGAAUUUGAUAUAUUUUAACUUUGUUGAGUUCAGUCUAUCUGAAAGCUAUGAGUAGAUUGAUCAUUCAGUAGUGAAUGUUUAACAGUCAAGAACAUAUAUAAUAUAUUUAUAUUGCAAAUCAGGGAAAUCUUUACGGUUAGAUUAAGUAUAAGAACAAAAGUCCUAAACGUUGAAUAUAUCCAUUUGGAUACUGAAUGAUUUGUUUUGCCACACUUUCGUAAAUAAACAGCAAUUUAUUGGUA